CCCCUUGCCAGCGCGGACGCCCGCUGGUGGUUUCGCUCCACAAUCAGGGACCGCUGGUGCGGGCUUUUUAGCAACUUUUCAUAACCCAGGUGACUUCCAAGAGCAGAGAGCUUUGUUCUCCUGGGCGACCCGGCGGCUUCAGACUGGCCAUGCCCCAGCAGCUCUCCGCGGUGGCGGUGGCGGCGCUCUGCGUGUCUCUGGCGGUAAUUUUGCAGGAUGGCUGUCAAACAAGAGCAAAAGCAUUUCCAGAAACCAGAGUCCAUCUUCAACCCACUAUAGCAAAACCUUCUCUCUUGCAACCAACUAGCCAGGUGACUCAUGGAACUCCAACAGCCACAUCCAAGGAUGGUAACAACACCUCUCGAAUGACUGCCACAGUAAAAACUCCCACAACUAGCCCAGUAACUACCAAAAACAUCCCAUCCACUAGCCCAAAUGUCCACUCCCUGGUCACAACCCAGGCUGCAGCCAACAACUCACACACAGCUGCUCCAGUUAGCAUAGACACCAUCGGCACCAUCUCAGCCCCCCACUCACAGCCACCCAGCAUCACCCCACCAUUCCAUACAACGGGAACCAACCCAUCAAGUGUCAGCUGUACAACUGGGCCUUUGUCUCCAGCCUCACACAAAAGCACAACCAGUCAGAAGUCUAUGCAACCCACCCAUGCCCCCGAGACACCAACAGCAGCACACAAUGCCACACAGACAGCCUCGCCUGCCCCUACAGCUCCCGGACCAACCCUUGCCCCUAAGCCGUCAGCAGCCAAGACUGGAACUUACCAAGUUCUAAAUGGAAGCAGGCUCUGUAUAAAAGCAGAGAUGGGGAUACAACUAAUUGUUCAAGACAAUCAGUCGGCUUUUUCACCUCAGAGAUACUUCAACAUCGAGCCCAACGCAACCCACACCUCCGGGAACUGUGGCUUCCAAAAAUCCAACCUUCUCUUGAAUUUUCAGGGCGGAUUUGUGAAUCUCACAUUUAUCAAGGAUGAAAAAUCCUAUUACAUCAAUGAAGUGGGGGCCAGUUUGACUGUCUCAAAUCAAGAGACAAUUUACCACGGACUGAAGAGCGGAAUGGUGAUGUUUGAGACGGUGGUGGGGCAUUCCUUCAGGUGUGUGAGCGAGCAGAGCCUCCAGCUGUCAGCCCAGCUCCAACUUCAAACAAUGAAUGUCCAACUUCAAGCCUUUGAUUUUGAAGACGACCACUUUGGAAAUGUGGAUGAGUGCUCGUCUGACUACACAAUCGUGCUUCCCGUGAUUGGGGCCACCGUGGUUGGUCUCUUCCUUGUGGGCAUGGGUGUCUAUAGAAUCCGCCUGAAGUGUCAAUCAUCUGGAUACCAGAGAAUCUAAGUGGUGUCCAGAGGAAAUGAAAAUAACGGAGCUGGAGAAUUCUUUCAUCAUCUCCAGGAUGGAUAUGGGGAACUUCCCUUGGAGGGUGGGUCCUUUGAACAGUGCAAACCAUCAUCUUCCACUAAAACUGAGUAAGCCAUUUGUGAUUUACGUUCAGGCAGCACAUCAGUUUCUAAAUACUUUUUGUGCAUUUUAUGGUCCGUUUACAAGUAUUUUCUAGUUUCCUUCAGAGUAUUUUAACUCAAAGGCAACAUUUGAGAUAUGCUGAGUUAACAUGUGAAAUGGCACGCAUACACCUCUGAUUAUCAACCACAUAUUAAUCAUAAUUAAUGCUACCUGCGUUUGCAUUGAAGAUUUUAUUUUACCCUUGAUGUUUUUCAUUUUUAUAACUGCCUUUGUUUUGUCUAUCACAUGGACUUUUGGUGCUUUUACUCUCUAGGUUUUUGUGAUUACGUAUGCCUGGCAUGGUUCCGCCACCACUUUAAUUCUUUUUUUAAUUAUCAAAAGAAUAUCUCUAGUUGUCUAAGUUUUUGAUAGUGGAAACCAAAAAAAAAGAACAAAUUAGUUUAUACUUUUUAGCUCGAGGACUCCUCCUCUAGGAUCACCAGGCUAAGAGUGAGCUCCCUAUGACAACACAAUAAGCAGGAAACCAUAAUAAUGGUCUUUGGUUAUUGACUAUGUAAGAGCCAAGCACUAGGUGAAGCACCCAACAUACAUCCCAUUUAAUCAUCACACCUUCUGCACAAGCAAACUCAGACUCAAGGGAAUCAACUCACUUAACUCUCAUCCACCAAAAUGGAGGCAGAGCCAGAAUCUGAAGUCCUGUUGGCCUGGUACCAAGGUCUUUGCCCUUCUCACAACACCAGGUUGCCUACAAGAACAAUGACACCAUGAGCUGCCUGACGCCUCACACUUUAUAGGACAAAUGGGUUUACCCAGAAUCAUUAACCAUUAGGGUAGGUAGACAAAAAGGGAACUCUGCGGACAGUCCAAGAGGCCUUAGUAAAUCCUCCACUUCCCUGAAGGAGAAUGAGGGCUCUGUAAAAUAUUAUUCAGUUUCUUAUUUUUAUGGGAUUGUUUAACUGUGGCUCUAAAGAUGAAGGCAUGGAAUACUUUUUUUCACAAUAUUUUUAUUUCUUUAAGGUUAGAGAAAUUGAACUGCUAACAAACCUUUCUCUCUUUAAUGCAGUUCCCCCUCUUGUGGUAACUUGCUGCUUCUGCACUUUUACAUCCACAUUUUUUUUUUUUUUUUUUUUUGUAGAGACAGAGUCUCACCUAUGGCCCUCGGUAGAGUGCCGUGGCCUCACACGGCUCACAGCAACCUCCAACUCCUGGGCUUAAGCGAUUCUCUUGCCUCAGCCUCCCGAGUAGCUGGGACUACAGGCGCCCGCCACAAUGCCUGGCUAGCAUCCACAUUUUCUAUUGUUCACUUCACUCUGUAGAGCAGCCUGCCAAGAAUUUUAUUCCUGCUGCACUUUGCUGCUAAAGAAAGGAUCUAAGUCAGGAUAUUAACAGAAAAGACCACAUAACCCUAGUAUUCUUUACUAAAGGAAUAAUUCAAGUCAACCUAGAAACUAUUUGACUUUUCUAAUUUGUCUCCUAUGAAUCAGUAGGUUGGCAAGGUCCUGAUAUUAGUUUUAAUAGAAUAUUGAAUUGUAUUAAAAGUUUUUGUAAUAAAAAGUUAUUUUG